AUGCUUCUGGUUAGGAACAGGUUAGUGCCGGCACUCCGACACCAGUGGUCUAUAGGGCGUCGUACUUUGGGUCAGCAAGCAUCUUUUGACUUAGAGGAUGGCGACGAGAAAUACAGAGAGCUGAACCAGAUGUACGUUGAUAUGUUCACUCCCAAGGCGGCAGAUGCCUUGAGUAAGGCUGAGGGAUUGGAGGAGAAGCAGAAGAUCUCUGACUUGAACGAGCUAAAUAAUGAUAUGAACUGUCUUUUGAAUGUUGGUUAUCCCAAAUUGACUGCCGAAGAGCUCAGAAAGAAAGUCGAGCUACCUGGCAAAUUUAUACUACAGAGCCUGUCAAACAACCCUUACUUUAAUCUGGCUGUGGAGAAUUAUGUCUUUACGAAUACUCCACUGAGUGCAAGUCCAGAACUUUCCUUUGCAAACCAGCGACUUCUCUUUUACAUCAAUCGUGACAGCGUGGUGAUCGGCAAGAAUCAGACACUUUGGAAGGAAGUGCACCUGAAAACGGUGCAGGAAAGAGGAUAUGAAGUUUUGAGGAGGUUUUCUGGCGGUGGUACAGUUGUCCACGACUUGGGGAAUGUCAACUAUUCUUUCUUGACUUCGAGAGAGGAUUUCAGCAGAGAGUUCUUCAAUAGACUGAUAAUUGCAGGUGUCCAAAGAUCGGCACCUGAUAUAGCUUUGGAUCUUAACAACAGAGGGGAUAUUGUCCUGGGUGAUCGAAAGGUGAGCGGGAGCGCUUACAAAAUCGCCAGAGGCAAAGCAUAUCAUCAUGGCACUAUGUUGAUUCAAUCAAAGCUUGACCAAUUCCGCGGUUUAUUGAAACCCGAAUCGAUCGAUGGCGUUACGUGGAACUGCAACAGCGUUGACAGCGUAAGGUCACAGGUGCAGAAUGUCCCAUUGGAGUCUGUCCAACAAUUCAUUGAUAUGGUUGUCGAGGAGUUCAGGCGAGUUUUCUGCAGUGAUGAAGUUGAAGAUAUUCCAGUCUUUUAUUGUGAUGAGGAUGUCACUAUUAAUGGGGAGAUACGUGAAUAUAUGACUUUAUUGGAAAGCGACAAUUGGAAGUACAGGAAAGGCCCAAAAUUUGAAAUCCAUUUGCAAUCUGGAAAUUAUUCAAUGACUGUUGAAAGAGGUAUCAUAGUUGAAAGCUCAAUACCGGCACUGUUGGGUUGGAGUUUUCAAAGUUUUAUUGACGGGAUUUCAGACUUCAAGGAUGUUGACGAGAAACUGAUAACAUAG